UUAAAAUCAUUAUUGAAAAAAUGCGCUAUAGCCGCAGAAAUACAAACCAUUAAAGACCUUUUACUACAUUUUGGUCGAGAUCCGGCGUUUUCAAAAUAGAGAAAAAAAUUAAAAUCUUAAUUUUAGGCAUUUAAGAGUAAUAUUUCAGAUAAAAAACUGCAAAUAAACAUUGAAGAUUCGUCCUAUUAUGUCUCGCGACAAUCAUUUACGAUUAAAUGAAAGGCCCGAAAGGUCAACAUCACGCUCAAUAUCAAGAUUUCGCAACAAUGCUUCAAAAUCUCACCAUCGCUCACGUUCACCACCACUUUAUAGAUCAUCUCCACCGUUAAAGAGAUCAAGAUAUCAACGGGAAAGAAGUCAUUCGAUUGAAAAAAAUGGACAUCGACGUGGCCCAUCACCUACCGAUAUUAGAAGAAAAAAUCCAGAUCCCUCAAAAGUUUUGGGCGUUUUUAACUUGCAUGUCAAAACAACUGAAAGAGAAAUUCGUGAUGUUUUUGAUCGAUUUGGUCAAAUUGAUGAUAUUAUAAUGGUAAAGGAUGCAAAAACAAGAGGAUUUCGAGGCUAUUGCUUUAUAUAUUAUAAUAAGCAACGAGAUGCGACCGAGGCCUUAAGUCAAUGUAAUGGAAUAGAGCUCAAAGAGCGUAUGAUAAGAGUUGAUUAUUCUCUAAGUGAAAAACCACAUUCAAGCACGCCAGGUGAAUAUCGUGGCAAACGAGGAGGAAAUGUUCGCGUAGGGAGUUUUCGCUCAAGACCAUAUGAGAGAACACGUUAUUAUGAGAAGCAUGAUAAUGAUCGCUUUAGAAGACAGCGCUCCUCAGAAAGAUCUUUUCGAAAGGAUGAUUACAGAAGACGCUCUAGAGAACGAAUUCCAAGAUCAAUCGAUGAUCGUCAUAGAAGAACCUCGCGAUCCCCACGUGACAGAUACGAUAGAUACUAGAUAUUUCGCAUUCAAAUAUGCAUAUUGAAAAUCUAUCAUUUCUAAAGCAAUUAUUUUUUUACUACUUAUUUUCCUUUUUCAACAAUAUUCUUUAUAUUAAUUAAAAUUUAACGACCAAAAUUACUAAAUUGUCUGAUCUUUAUUAUUAAUCCGAUAUCGUUUUUAUUUUUCUUACCUAAUCGUAAUGAAAACCUUAUUUCUUUACAAAUUCUAAAUUGC